GCAAAGUGCGUGCUCUCAAGACAGAGGCACACGCUUGUUUCGGUUUGUUGUCUUGGUGGAGGAAGAAUAGCAGAGCUAAGUUGAAACUACAGAAAGUCUAUAGUUUCCAUACAGGUAGAAGUUUGAACUUUGGACAGACAGAAAUCUAUGGAUUAACAAAAUGGCUGAGCCCAUCAUCAAAUCGAGACAAGCACAAAAAGAAGUCAACGGAAUUUUCACAGAAGUCGUCUGCACAGAGUUCAGUAAUUACAUAUUUGUGACCCUCACCCAGUACGGCAAAAUUGGGACAUUGAUUUUGGUCACACCUGACUCCCGAUCUAAUGAUAUCAGCACCCCCACAUUCUCCACCAAAGUGCUGCUGGGCAAAGAUGAGCCCUUGACUCAUGUCUGUGCCAAAAACCUGACCACGUUCAUAUCUCAAGAAGCCGGAAACAGGCCCGUCUUACUCGGAUUGGCCCUAAAGGAUUCCUCCAUAGACACAAUAAAAGAAAUCAAAGACAUCAUCAAAAGUUGUAAAGUGUGGUAAUGAGUCAAGGCCCCGAAAAUAAUGACGUUAAAUAUAAAGACCUGGUGAAAUAUACGUAUUGGCUCCUACCAGUUUCAUAUUUUGUAAAAUUAUACUAAAUAUAACUUUUUUGUAUUUCAAAAUUCUUUAACUACAUUUUGUAUUAUUUGAAAUGCUCAUAAAUAAAAUGCUUUAAUGGCAAUUUCAAGAUA